UCAGUUGGCGAUUGCAUGCCUUUUAUAGUAGAUCAUAUUUCAAGGGCCAACUGCUUUCUGCUUUGGCUAUAGUUGGAUAAGUCUCACUAUGGACUGCAUCUUGAAAGUUCUUUUUCUUGCUGUUUUAAGUAUCUCUGGGCAAAGCAAGCUGUUGACCGGUACAUUUUGGCAUAUCACAGACCUUCAUUGGGAUCCUACAUACAAAUUAGCACAUGGAAAUUCAGGAUCAGUAUGUGAUUCAAGUGGGAAUCGUCCAACUCCACAAGCAGGGAAAUUUGGAGACUAUCUUUGUGAUUCACCAUGGGAUCUCAUCAAUUCCUCAGUACAUGCUAUGAAGGAUAUCCUACCUGAUCCAGACUUCAUUAUUUGGACUGGAGAUGAUACACCUCAUGUUCCUAAUGAAGAUCUGGGAGAAGAGGCAGUUGUGGGAAUCAUUGGCAAUCUUACCAGCCUCAUAAAAUCACUGUUUCCUAAAACCAAGGUCUACUCAGCUCUGGGCAAUCAUGAUUACCAUCCCAAGAGUCAGUUGCCACCCACACAAAGCAACAUUUAUGAGCAAGUACAAAAGCUAUGGGAAGACUGGCUUGAUCCAGCAUCAAGGGAUACUUUUAAAAAAGGCGGAUAUUAUACAGAAAAGCUGCUAAAUCAAACCGGUCUCAGAGUUCUGGUCCUAAAUACUAAUUUGUAUUAUGACCAGAACAAAAUCACGGAAAAUAUGAAAGAUCCAGCAGACCAGUUUAAAUGGGCAGACCAAGUGCUCACAGAAGCUGCCAAAUACAAGGAAAAGGUGUACAUUGUUGGUCAUGUUCCACCGGGGUUUUUUGAGAAGAAACGACAUAAGCCAUGGUUCAGGCCUGAGUUCAAUCUACAAUAUAUAGAGCUUAUUCAGAAAUAUCAUGAUAUUAUAAUUGGCCAGUUCUUUGGUCAUCACCAUACUGACAGCUUUCGGAUGUUCUACAGUUCAGCAGGAUCUCCAAUCAGUGCAAUGUUCCUGAGUCCAGGAGUUACACCUUGGAAAACAACACUAGCAGGAGUGGAAGAUGGUGCAAAUAAUCCUGCCAUUAGGGUGUUUGAGUAUAACACCAAAACACUUUUGGUUGAGGACAUAGUGACCUACUACCUGAACUUGACCCAUGCAAACAUUGCACGUGCACGCUGGGAGAAAGAGUAUCGUCUGACUGAAGCAUUCAAAGUGCCGGAUGCCUCCCCUAUCUCCAUGAGCCAUGUGCUGGAACAAAUAGCACAUGAGAACUGCUACCUGCAGAAAUAUUAUGGAUUCAACUCCGUAAACUAUGACCUGUCAGUAUGCAACGCAGAUUGCCGUAUUGACCAUGUAUGUGCUAUGAGAGAGGUUGGCUUUGAGGCUUAUGAGCACUGUGUGGUGAAGGAGCAGGCUUCUUCUUCUAUCCCAGCAGUUCUGACUGUAAAUAUUGCACUUGCUAUAAGUCUGUGGGCCAGCUACUAAUCCUAAUGAUUGUACAUAAAUCUACUUGCUCUGCAUUGUGUAAUAUUGCUAUUAAAACUGAUCAUACUAAUAGUUUAGGAUUCAUUACAACAGGAUUUUUCUCAACACAUUCAUAUAUAUGACCAAAAUCAAUAAAUAUUUCCUUCAUAUACAA